GCUUCACUCAUCAUCCGUCUGGGGGAAAAUAAUAUUUCCAUAUUUUCUCUUCGUCUACAUCAAAUUCCCAGAAACUGAAAGGAAAUCCCGGAAAAUCGCUUUCACGAGAAAACCAGAAAAAAGGAGCGAUAAUGUCUUCGCCGAGCAAGCGCAGGGAGAUGGAUUUGAUGAAACUGAUGAUGAGCGACUACAAGGUGGAGAUGAUCAACGAUGGCAUGCAGGAAUUCUAUGUCGAAUUCAAUGGACCCAAAGACAGCCCUUAUGAGGGAGGUGUCUGGAAGAUAAGAGUUGAGCUUCCAGAUGCUUAUCCUUAUAAAUCUCCAUCAGUAGGAUUCGUCACUAAAAUCUACCACCCAAAUGUUGAUGAAAUGUCAGGUUCAGUUUGCUUAGAUGUGAUCAACCAGACAUGGAGUCCGAUGUUCGAUCUGGUUAAUGUGUUCGAGACAUUUCUUCCUCAGCUUCUUCUGUAUCCGAAUGCGUCUGAUCCAUUGAAUGGAGAAGCAGCUGCAUUACAAAUGCGUGAUCGUGCUGCUUACGAGCAGCGAGUAAAAGAAUACACCGAGAAGUAUGCAAAGCCAGAGAAAGCAGGGGGAGAUGGGGACGGGAAAUCGAGUGAUGAAGAAGUAAGCGAAGACGAGUAUGCUUCCGACGAGGACGGGGAUGAUGAGGAGGACGACGUCGUUGCAGUCACCGGAAAGCCAGACCCUUGAUCCAUUGCUAUCUGGUUUCCUGAAAAAGAACCCCUUGUCUUUUUUUUUUUUCCCCAAUGUACAUUAUCAUGAAUGAAUGGAUGGACAUUCUAAGAAGAUCAGAAAGAACAAAAAAAAAAAAAAACUGAGCUGGAAAAACUGUGAAGCUACCGAGUUGAAACUCAGACUCAGUUCGGUCUCUCUCUUUCUCUGUUAUUAUGUUGUUUGGUUGUGUAAAUCAUUGGACUCGUUUCUCACUUUGUUGUGUAAUGCCUAAUGCUGGUUCUAUGGCUUCUGA